CCCGAGUUGCAUUUAAAGAUCUAAUAGCACAUUUGAAUUUUUAAAAAUCUUUAAAAAUAAGAGUUGAAUUAAAACUCAACCUUCAAUUCUCCUUUCAUAAAAAAUACGUCUAUAUUAUUCCGACCUCCAGGUUAUCACAAUAUAAACUAUAAAAAAUGGCAAAUUCACCCCUAACUGAAGCUCAAAGAACUAAUUUAGUUAAAAAUGCAUCAUUAAUCGUAGCCCCUGGAAAGGGUAUUCUUGCGGCCGAUGAAAGUAAUACCUCAGUCCCCAAAAAAUUUGAAAAAAUUCAUAUUGAAAACAAUGAAGAAAAUAGAAGAUUGUACAGAAAUAUGUUCUUUAGUGCUAGUCCCGAACUUUCCAAAUAUAUUGGUGGGAUUAUUUUCUUUGAUGAAACCUUUUAUCAGAAAGGUGAUAAUGGGCAGCUAUUUAGAGAUUUUGUCAAAUCAAUAGGCAUCCAAGUUGGUAUUAAAGUGGACAAAGGAGUUAAGCCCUUAGAGGGCGGAGCUCCGGGUGAGACGAUAACUAGCGGACUGGAAGAUUUGGACGAGCGAUGCGCUAAAUAUUCGAAGGAAGGAGCCGUUUUCACCAAAUGGCGGAACGUGAUCCACAUUAACGUCGCCCAGGGUAAACCGUCUGACAAGGCCAUCUACGAGAACGCCCGAAUACUGGCUGAAUACGCCUUCAUUUGUCAAAAGAACAAUUUGGUUCCCAUAGUGGAACCGGAGGUUUUACAAGACGGAGAUCACGAUAUGCAUGUUUGCCAGGAAGUUACAGAAAAGGUACUAGCGGCCCAAUACAAGGCCUUAGCGGAUCACAAAGUAUUUUUAGAAGGAACCCUUCUGAAGCCUAACAUGGUGACCCCUGGUCAAGGAUGCCCAAAAAGGGCUACUCCUCAAGAGAUUGGCAUAGCCACUGCCGAGACCUUGUCUAGGCGAGUACCGCCUGCAGUGGCCGGAAUCGUUUUCCUCUCGGGCGGUCAAUCCGAAGAGCAAGCUACGGUUAACUUGAACGAGAUCAACAAAUAUAAGGGAGCUCGAAAACCGUGGCCCCUGACAUUCUCUUUCGGACGAGCUUUGCAAGAAAGCGCUUUGAUGACUUGGGCUGGUAAACCUGAGAACGUUAAGAAUGGUCAAGCCAUAUUUCUCAAACGUGCUAUUGCUAACCACUUGGCCGCCGAAGGCAAAUAUACAGGAUCUGGAGCGGAUGCCGGCGCAGCUGGGCAAUCUCUUUUCGAGGCCGGGAGAGUUUAUUAAGGAUCUCCAUUUUUUUUAACAUACGAUAUACCUAGCAUUAUUUUUCUCGAGGAAGUUAAAUGGCGUCAUUAUUUACAUUUCAUUUUAUAUAUAUAUAAAUUCCAGCUUAAAGACGUUUAUCAACUCCGAAAAUUCGAUUAUUUAAACUCCAUUUAUAAGCGUAAGAAAAUUAUAAACGCAGGUUUUGUUUAAUUGCUUUAUUUAAAAAUUAAAGAGAAUAAUUAAUCAAAAUACAAUUUUAGUGUUUCCUAUAUAUUCGUAUAGGCGCGACGGAUCUAUUAGUACAUUUCGCUUUUUUGGAAUUUUUUUAAAAGACAUUUUAGCAUAAAUAAAUAUUAUACAUUUCUUUAUAUAUAUAUAUUGCCCACGCGUUUAUUUGUAUCACGGAUUAUAGAAGAGUAGUCUAAAUAAAAAUAGCAUAUUUAUUUUGCAAUAUAUUUUUUUUUACGAUUUAUUGAAAUUUCGAUGUUAUAAAUUUUAUCCCUUUAAAAUAAAUAUUAUUAAGUAUCACGGUUAGUUGAGUGCAAUUUUUAAUAAUUUUAUUUUAUACUUGUGUUUUAAUUGUUUAUUUAUUUUUACCCAAAAUGUAAAACUAAAAAUUUUUUUAUUUAUUAUUGCCGUGAUUUAAAUUUUUAUCU